AUGGUCUUAUUUGUCAUCAUCUUCAUAUACCUUCUCACUCUAGCAGGGAAUGGCCUCAUCACUGUAAUCGUAAGGGCUGACCAGCAUCUCCAGGCCCCGAUGUUUUUCUUCCUUAGCAAAAUUUCCUUCCUGGAGAUCUGGUACACCACUGCCAUUGUGCCCAUGUUGGAGAUGUUCUUGGUGGCCAGAAUGACCAUCUGUGUUUAUUGCUGCCUGGUGCAGUCAUUCUUCCACUUCUUCAUGGCCCUCACUGAGUUCCUGAUUCUAUUAGCCAUGUCCUUUGACCACAAUAUCACUGUAUGCAAACCCUUGCACUACAGCACCAUCAUGACCGAGAAAGUCUGCUUUCUUUUGGCCCUGGGAGCCUGGGCAUUGAGUUUCUUGGUUAUCCUCUCCCAGGCUGCUUUGCUCCUGCAGUUACCGUUCUGUACCAAGAACAUAGUCGACCAUUUUUACUGUGACAUUGGCCUCUUGAACCUGGCCUGUGCAGACACAAGUGUCACUGAGUUCCUUGGUUACCUGGCGUCCGUCACCAUCAUAUCAACCAGCCUCCUCUGCAGUGUGGUGUAAUACACCUACAUCACCACUAUUAUACUCCACAUCCACUCCACCCGUGCACACCAGAAGGCGUUUUCCAUCUGCACGUCCCAUCUCACUGUGGUCUCCAUACUGUACAGUGCCAUUAUCUUAAUGUAUUUGAAACCCCUGGCCCAUUCCUCGCUCAGUCCCAACAAGGCUGUGUCUGUCCUCAACACUGUCCUAACCCCCUUGCUGAACCCCUUCAUAUAUCCCAUAAGGAACAAAGAGGUGAAAACAGCCUUGAGGAAAGCUAUGAGCAAGAGAAAGACUGGGUCAGAAUGUCUAUGGUUCCUGGGAGGGUAA